AUGGGGAGCACAUUGGAUACUCCAAAUGUUGUUGGGGUCAGUCUAGAGACACUGCCCUCUUCCUCCCCUGAUCCUUUCAUUAACAAGGAUGAUUAUAAUCUAGGAGUGGAUCUGGCUGUCUGGGAGGAUGCUGAUGCUGUUGUGUUAAUGCCCAAUGAACCUAUUGCAGGAAUCCUAAGAGAGGGGUGUGGGACACCUAAAGAGAAUCUGGGGAAUGUUUUGCUCUGUAUGCCCCUUCUUUGA